AUGAUGAUUGCUAAGAAUCCUCCUGAAGAGCAAGAGACUAUUACCAUUCUGCAGAACUCUUCUUCAAGUGAUAACAACGCGAUGGAAUCGCUUCUCUAUAGCACUGUGAAGGUUACGACAAAGAAGGACUCUUGUACAACCAAAGUGAAGAAGGUCUGGAACUAUUUGUUUUCAAGCGAGGAUGAGGACAACAGCGAAUCGCCGAUACUGAUUUAUGAAAUAUUUCGAUACAGCUCGUCAUCGGAUUUGAUGAUACUCAUGGGUGCAGUAGUUGCCAGUAUUCUUCUUGGCUCGCAUUCAUUUGCCUGGACGAAUCUAUUCGUCUAUAUCUCAGAGAUCAUGACCGAUUAUUCAAACAUUCCAAAGAAUGCUACUGCAACGCAAUUAAAACUCGCACAAGAUAAAUUCAAGACAGAUGCUCAUCAAGUUGUGAUCUUAUUUUUCGGUCUGGCUAUUGUUUAUUUCAUUCUUUCAUUCAGCCGAGUUUUCUUGUGGACGAUGGUCUCGGAAAGACUUGUGCUCAAACUAAGACCCAAGCUAUACGAAGCCAUAAUCAAGCAGCAGAUUGCCUGGCAUGACAUCCAUGCUUCCGGAAAAUUAGUCACUCAACUCACCAGUGACAUCGGACUUAUUCAAAACGGAAUAUCCGAUUUGUGUGGUCAAGUCCUCGAAGGAAUAUCAACAUUUGUUAUCGCAGUUGUGUUCGCAUUAAUAAUCACUUUCAAAUUCUCAAUCAUUCUCUUCGUUUUAAUGUCCGUCCUGAUUAUCUCCAGUACGAUUUCUUUCAAUGUUUUAUCGCGGAUCAUUUCGAAUAUUCAGACGUCAAGUGCAGAAGCUGGGACAGUUAUUACCGAAAUUAUUUCUGGCAUUCGCACUGUAAAAGCAUUCUGUGGAGAAGAACGAGCGGUGGAGAAGUAUAAAAAAUUUUUGGAGCAAAGAAAAAAGUUUGGCAUUCGUCAAGGAGUUGUUUCUGGUCUGGAAAUCGGAUUCACUUCCUUUUAUUUUAAUGCAAUCUACGCUUUCGGUAUUCAUUACGGCUUUCGUCUUUUUGAAAACGGUUCGAACGGUGUUUACAUUCUCAAAGCCUUACUUCUGUUACUGCUUGGAGCGGAAAUUCUCGGUGAGAAACUGGAAAUUAUUACCGAGGUUCGUGCAGCUGGAGUUGGCGCUGGUAAAAUAUUCACCAUAAUCGAACAGAGCGCACGAGCAUCAAAGAAAUUAAGGCACAAAAAGGAAAUUGAUGCAUCUUUAGUUCAAGGGGACAUUUCAUUUCAGAAUGUUUCCUUUGCCUAUCCUUCCAGAAAUGAUAUUCCAGUGAUCAAAGAUAUUUCCUUGGAGAUAAACAAAGGACAGAUGGUUGCUCUUGUCGGACACAGUGGAUCAGGAAAGUCGACGAUGAUAAGUCUUCUGACGAAGCUUUACAAACUGGAUGAAGGAAACAUUACUAUCGAUGGUGAAAAUAUCAAUCAAUACAAUCAGCGCUCUUUGACAAAUAUGAUCGGCGUUGUCAGUCAAGAGCCUGUGCUAUUCGGUGCGACAAUUUAUGAAAAUAUCUGUUGGGGAGCUCGUAUUGGCGAACAAGAAAAAGUUCCAUUGGAAGAAGUGAUCGAAGCAUGCAAACAAGCCAACAUUCACGAGACGAUUGAUAAACUACCAGAUGGAUAUGACACUUACGUUGGUGAAGGUGGCAGUUCGUUUUCGGGAGGACAAAAGCAACGUAUUGCAAUCGCUCGAUGUCUCGUUCGUAAUCCUCGUAUCUUGCUCUUGGAUGAAGCCACUUCGGCUCUUGAUACCAAAUCAGAACGGCUCGUUCAAGAUGCUAUCAACAACUGUUUGAAGUCUCGAACUACCAUUGUCAUCGCUCAUCGUUUAUCUACAAUUCAAAAUGCGGACAAGAUUGUUGUGAUGGACAAAGGACAAAUUAUUGCGAUGGGAACUCAUCAAUCUCUCUUAGAAAAUGAUGAAAAUGGUGCAUAUGCUCUACUGGUCAAAGCUCAAAUGUUGAAGAAGGACAAUGAAGAGCCAAGCAGUGUAAACACCAAUGAUGACGAAUUGACAGAUAAAAGAAAUGCAAGGUCAGAAGAUGAAGUGAACAGGCCAGUUACUGUGAAAAUCUCCGGCGAUUCAAAUGGACAGCAAUCAAUUUUAUCCUCUCUGCUGUCUUCAUUUCCGUUGCUUCGGGUCUUUUCCUUUACAAAGCCUGACUUUCGUUAUAUGUUUGGAGCACUGUUUACCAGUGUGAUCAAUGGUACCUUUCUAUCCCUAUUCGCCACUGCCACGGCUUCCAUUGUUGCUAUUUUCAACGAACGUCCUGAAGAUGCUGCAAAGCACCAAAGAACAGUCCACUACUGGACAUUGGUCUUCUUGGGACUUGCAGUUCUGGAUUUCCUCAUUCCCGUUGUGCGAAGAACAUUCUACGCCCUUGUUGGUGAACACGUCUCAUGCCGAAUGCGAGUAGCGUGCUUUCAAGGUCUCUUGCAACAUGAUAUGGACUAUUUUACGAAGCCAGAGAAUAGCACCGGGGCCAUUGCUGCUCGUAUGGAUUCUGAAGCUGAUUACAUCCAACGAGUUGUUGGUGGCCCUCAAAUGGGCUUAAUAGUCCAGGCUAUUGGUGCAUUCGGAAUUGCUGUUGUCGUCUCUUUCUUCAAUGUUUGGCAAUUGGCUUUGGUCAGUAUUGCUAUGGUGCCUAUCCUGAGUAUUGGUGUUUUUUGGGAACUGAAUGCUUUGGAUAAACUCAUCGAUGAAACGAAGAAUGUUCAUGAACAAUCGUGCCAAUUAGCCACUGAAACCAUUCAGAAUAUUCGUACGGUCAAUUAUCUUGGACGACACGAUACGUUUGUUGAUCUCUUCCGAACGGAAGCGAAGAAAACUUAUAACUGCUCCAUGAGACUCGCCAGAGUUGCGGCAUUUGGAGUUGGCUUUAAAUCCGCCUCUGACUUUCUAGCCUAUGCCGUGACGUUUUGGUAUUCGAUGCAGUUUAUCCUGAAUCAUUCUUACUCACCAGAACAGAUCAUUCGUGCUCUCUAUAUCAUCUUGUAUUCUUCUCAAGCAAUUGGAUGGAUGUACUACGCAUUACCAGCUUUUAUGAAAGGCCGAACCUCUGCUGUUAGUAUGUUCAAAAUUAUUGACGAUGGUGAAAAAAUGGACAAGUACCCUCGAUUUAAUAAAUUGCCACGAAGUACGAAUGUGAAAGACGGACUUUCUGGAGUCGACGCCAAUCAUGUCACAUUUUCGUACUCGAACAGACGCAAUAUCCAUCCAGUCUUGAACGAUAUUUCUCUUUCGGUGCUGAAAGGAAAAGUUGUCGCGCUUGUUGGUGCAAGUGGAUCCGGCAAAUCGACUUUUCUUUCUCUUGUGAUGCGCUUCUUUGAUGUCGACAGUGGUGAAAUUUUGAUGGGAAAGAAGAAUAUUAAGGAUAUUGAUAUAUUCGAACUUCGAUCAAAUAUGUCCAUCAUCAGUCAAGAACCCAUUCUUUUCAGCACAACGAUUGCGGAGAAUGUUGCCUAUGGUCAUGCUGAUCCUUCUUCUGUUACUCCGGAAGAAAUCAUGGAAGUAUGCAAGAAAGCCAAUAUUCAUGAUUUUAUCAUUAGUUUGCCUGACAAGUAUGAAACGGAAGUCGGUGAUAAAGGUGCGCAACUUUCUGGUGGGCAAAAACAGAGAGUUGCCAUUGCUCGUGCCUUGAUUCGUAACCCAAAUCUACUUCUUUUGGAUGAAGCUACAAGUGCAUUGGAUUCGACCACUGAGCAAAUCGUUCAAGCAAGUAUCAAUGAAGCAAUGAAGAACAGAACUGUUCUUGUCGUCGCUCAUCGUUUGGCAACUAUACAGGAUGCUGAUUUGAUCGUUGUGCUUCGCGACGGCUCUAUUGUUGAGAUGGGUACGCAUACGGAACUAUGUGCUCAGAAAGGGCUUUAUGAAAACCUUGUCUCUCAGCAAAAACUUACUGGAAACCGAAACUAG